CGAGGUGGAAGCGAAAAAGCGCAAAAAGAGGAAGCAGCCGGUGGAGGAGCGCCUCUUAAAAAGGGGGGCUGGGGGUGGGGGGACCACCCGGGUCUGACGUGCGUCGAGGCUGCUGCUAUAAAACCAUUCGCGUCGUCACCGAGCUCAGAUGACUCUUGGCAGCAGUGAGCGCGCACGCCUGUCGCCUCUCACCGGACAAACACACGCGUAAACAGCACGUGCGCGCGUGCGUCAUGCGUCCCGGGUGUAACUCGCCGCCUGGGCUGGAGCGCCCCAGGACGCACGGGAUGGGCACCGGCACCGGCAGCGGCUGAGGCACAGCCAGCUUCCCCCCCCACGUCCCCUGCGCUCUUUCCCCCGGGCUGGCUGCAUGCCCUCCCCGCUGCGUCCCGGGAAAGUUGCGCUCAAAGUAUGGAUUACCUCACCGCCAGAGGCAACGACAGCAACGCCACGUUUGGGUACCCGCCCGGGGCGGACGUGGUGGCGGACUGGCUGGGCUUCGACCACGACGACGAUAACAACAACAACAACAACACCGGCGGUUCCCAGUCCUUCCCGUACGUGCAACUGGGCUACCAGAUCAUCACCUCCCUGCUCCUGGGCGCUCUCAUCCUCUGCUCCAUCUUCGGCAACGCUUGCGUGGUGGCCGCCAUCGCCCUGGAGAGGUCCCUCCAGAACGUGGCCAAUUAUUUGAUCGGAUCCCUGGCCGUGACGGACCUGAUGGUGUCGGUGCUGGUGCUGCCCAUGGCGGCCCUGUACCAGGUCUUGAACAAGUGGACUCUGGGACAAGGCAUCUGCGACUUGUUCAUCUCUCUGGACGUGCUGUGCUGCACGUCGUCCAUCCUGCACCUGUGCGCCAUCGCCCUGGACCGCUACUGGGCCAUCACGGACCCCAUAGACUACGUCAACAAGCGCACCCCGAGGAGAGCCGCGCUCCUCAUCAGCGUCACCUGGCUGGUGGGCUUCUCCAUCUCCAUCCCGCCCAUGUUGGGCUGGAGGAGCGCCGAGGACCGGGCCGACCCCAACGCCUGCAUGAUCAGCCAAGACCCGGGCUACACCAUCUACUCCACCUUCGGGGCGUUCUACAUCCCCCUCAUCCUCAUGCUGGUACUCUACGGGCGGAUCUUCAAGGCGGCCCGCUUCCGGAUCCGAAAGACGGUGAAGAGGCCCGAGAAGGUCAAAGGUGAGCGCUGUGUGACUUUGUCCCCCGCGGUGCUCCACAAGAAGAGCAACGGGGAGGCCGGCGGCGGCGGGAGGCCUUGCGUCAACGGCGCCGUGCAGUUUGGCGACGAGGCCGAGUCCCUGGAGGUGGUGGAGGUGAGCGGCUCCAAAAGCCACCUGGCCCUGCCCAACACGCCGCAGUCGUCCUCGCACGAGAACCUCAACGAGAGGAACAGCGGCGCCAAGCGCAAACUGGCGCUGGCCCGGGAGCGCAAGACGGUGAAGACGCUGGGCAUCAUCAUGGGCACGUUCAUCUUCUGCUGGCUGCCCUUUUUCAUCGUGGCGCUGGUGCUGCCCUUCUGCGCCGACAGCUGCUACAUGCCCGAGUGGCUGGGCGCCGUCAUCAACUGGCUGGGCUACUCCAACUCCCUGCUCAACCCCAUCAUCUACGCCUACUUCAACAAGGACUUCCAAAGCGCUUUCAAGAAGAUCGUCAAGUGCAAAUUCCACAGGCCCUGAACGCGCCGUCACUAUGGCGCAAAUGCAAGAGGUGGAUCGCAGAAUCAGAGCGUGGCCUCAACUUUGCCAUUAUUGACCAUGUUUAUGACCGUGGUUGGAGUUUGCGUUGCAUCACAUUGUGUGCGUGAAAAAAACAUCGGUCAGCUGCUUAGCUUCUUCCAUCUUGUCGUUAGCACCGAGUCUGUUUUUUUAAAUAUACACCUCACGGCGCCCCCCUCAGUUGUAAUGUUGAACUACACACUGUUAGUACAGUACCAAAAAGACUGACGCUAUCAAAAGUAGUAUGUCGAAUUAAAUUGUACUUUAAUUGUAUGAUCUUUUUUUCAAUUCAAUAAUUCAGUCUUUAGUAAAUUAUUUAUGUAAUGUCUUUUUUUUAUUGUUUGUAUUUAUUCUGUCAGAGAUGUAUUAAUGUAGCCACCAAUACAAAUGAUUUUUUUGCAGGUUUCAAAUUUUAAAAUUAAUUGACCAAUUUUAUUUUUAUUUUAUAAAUGCAUUCAUAUCUUUUCUCUUACUUUUAUGUUCAUCUUUCAUCAAAUUAUUUUAGAUGCAAUUGACAUUUUUUAUACGUGUAUUUAAUGUUUUAAUUUUAAUGUACUGUGAUUUAAGUUGAUCUCUGUUUGAUGACAAAAAAGUUGUUUGAUACCUCACUUUGUAAAGGCAUAUUUGUAUUUAUUUGCGGCGAGGGGGGGGGGUGAUACAGCUCUUGUAUUUUGUGCAGGUCUCUAACUAAAAAAAAAAAAAAAAAAAGCAUCCCGUGAGCACACAGCGACGGAGUCGUGCUUGGCCACGUUUUUUGGAGUUCCACAGAGGACAAGAGGACAUGUUUGUUGACUGUGUCAAAAGCCAAAAUAUAAAUCUAUAAUAUAACGACAAAAAUACAAACACACGGACUGGAAUUCGGGCUCAGUCCCUGCGCAUCGCGAGGCCUCCGCUGGAAACAAAACAAGGACUCUUCGCAAAUGUGAGCUCACCGUUGAUCCAGUGUUGUGCCGCGUGUGUUUGAGGCCCGGAUGCAAUGACGGCCCGGUGGCGCCACGUGGCCCUCCAUCCGUGCAUUUGUCCCGCGGGUCGACAUCACGAGCUUUGUAGCACUGAAACAAUAAAAAGCA